CACACAGAAAUAUUUGAAUGUGUAAAAAAUAUAUAAUAUAAUGCUUGAAUGCUGCUAUCAUAUGUGAUCAUGAUCACACUGCUCCAUACAGACUGUACACUGGAUUGCUCCAGUACUCGGCUGCUGAGCUGCUCCGGCUUUGCCUUCACCUGUCUGAGCCCCACCGGCGUUACAUCUUCACCCGGAUAUUGCUCACUUGCCUCGUCGUAGAUACAUCCAUCAAGGGUCGCGUCAGAGUUUCCACUUCAAAAACCCUAUGGGAAUAAAAUCCAUCUGGACUUCUUCUCAACGUCUUUUGCGCUACACUGGCCGGGGUGUUGAUCACAGUGUGUUAGCUAGACCAGAAAUUUGGCAACAACCCAAUGACUUUUCCGCCCUCAAUGAUUCAACCUCUCCUGGCCAUGCAGUUCUGCAGCCUUCAUCACUGUGUCCUGGUCUUCCUCAUCCUCACAUUCACCACUGCUCCUGUAUCAACUGUUGAUGUCUGUCCUACACGGACAAAGCUUCAUCAGUCAGUGACGCUCUCAUGUAAACAUCAAUGUUCUGGUUUAUUGCAAUGGAACUUAAUCAGCAAUCGAGAUGAUGUCCUGGCUGAGUGUGAUCGGACAUCAUGCAGGUCAGAGAAGGGAUUUAACAUCUCUCAUGAUCAGUACCUGAAAGGAGAUCUCUCUCUCACCAUCACUGCAGCUGAUUACAGUCAGAGGAACGUGUACGCAUGUGAAUGUGGAGACAUAGACUACGCUUUUGUUCGCCUCAUCAUAGAGACUGUGUUCUCACCAGUUCAGAUGAAGUCUGGUGAAGAUCUGAAGCUGCAUGUGUCUGUACCAGAACCAGUGGAGGUGAUUUAUAAAAGCAGUGGUUCAGCUGAUGAAGUGAUCUGCAGGGUGAAUAAUCGCUCACUGCAGUGUAAAGAUAAAUACAGAGACAGAACAUCACUCACUUACCCUGAGCUCACACUGAGACACAUGGAGCCGAGGGAUAGUGGAAGUUACACCAUCCGGGACACGAAGAAUGAGGAAGACAUUCAGAUAUACGCCGUCUCUGUGGAAGAGCCUGCUGUUCCUGCAUGGGGGAUUGUACUGAUAGUGAUGAGUCUGCUCUGCUGUGCUGCAGUGGGAAUAUACCUACUGUGGAGACACCGAAAGAGACAACAGUUGAAUAGACGACUGCAACAAGUUGAAAAGCUCAUACAGCAGGCUGAAAAAGGGACAGAGGAGAACAUCAGUGAAGCUGAGAUGGCACUCGAACAGCUGGAGAAGCAGUACAAGACAACUGAAUAUUCAGAACAGAUCUCAAUGAUCAAAGAGGCAAAGAAGUUACGGUUGCAGCAACGUAUGGAACAGCUAAAGAGUGAAGAAUUGAAGAGGAUACUAGAACACGUGGAAGAGCGUGUACAGCAGGUUUCAGAAGAACAGGACAUCAGUGAAGUAGAGAUGGAGCUCAAUCAGUUGGAUCAGCAGUACAAGAACAGUGACUAUGCAGAAAAGGUCAAAUUGUUCUGCAUGGAAAAGAGGGAACAGCUGUUGAUGAGGCGACAGCAGCUAGUGGAACAGCUUGUACAGCAGGCUGAAGGAGGGACAGAGGAGAACAUCAGUGACGUGGAGAAGUCACUCGAUCAGCUGGAGCAGCAGUACAACAACACUGAAUAUUCAUACAAGGUCAAAUUGUUCUGCAUGGAAAAGAGGAAACAGCUGUGGGACAUGCGAGUGGAAUAUGUGGAACAGCUUGUACAGCAGGCUAAAAAGGAGAAGAUCAGAGAAGUAGAGAUGGAGCUCGAUCAGCUGGAGCAGAAGUACAAGAACACUGAAUAUGAAGAAAAGAGCAAGUUGUUCUGUAAGGCAAAGAAGUUACAGCUGCAUCAGCGUAUAAAUUAUCUAAGGAGAGAAGAGCUUGUGCAGCAGGCUGAAGAUGGGAAAAAGGACAUCAGUGAAGUGGAGAAGGAGCUCAAACAGCUGAAGAGCCAGUACAAGGAAACUGAAUACUCAGACAACGUCUCAGAGAUCUGCAUAAUACAGAGAUCACAGCUGAGCUGGUACAGACUACAGCACAGCAAUGAAGAACGUCUAAUGACUAACAGAAGAGAGUUGAAGUGGCGAAUGCUACAUGUGGAACAGCUUGUACAGCAGGCUAAAGAAGGAACAGAGGAGAAGAUCAGAGAAGCGGAGGAAGCGAUAGACGAGCUGGAGCAGGAGUAUGAGGACAUGGUCUAUUCAGAUCAGGUCUCAGUGCUCUGCACAGUAAAGAGGGAACAGCUGAAGGGGCAUCAGUACAGCAAAGAAGAAUGUCUAAUAACUGAGGACUUAGAGUUGGAGGAACAAAUGCUACAGGUGAAACAGCGUGUGCAUGCAGCUAUAGAAGAAGGGACAGAGGAGAAGAUCAGAGAAGUGGAGAAGGAGAUCAAUCAGCUGGAGGAGCGGUACAUCAACACUAAAGAUGUAGUAACGGUCAUGCAGUUCUGUAUGUUUAUGAGGGCAGAGCUGUACUGGUACAGACUACAGCACAGUGACAAACAGCUAAUGACUGACAAACCAGAGGUAAUGUGGAAGCUGGAGGACUUCAUGAACAGUUUACAGAAGGUCAGAGAUGGAGCAGAGCGAGAGCAGAAGACACUGAGCUCCACAGUGGUGGACAAGUUGCAGAAACAUCUGAUGGAGUUUAAAAUGUUGUAUGAAGAGAAGAGGGGGGUAGAUAAAUGACCUCAUACAGCACAGAGGUGGAGCUGUGUGAGACCAACACACACUCUCUCUCUCUCACACACACACACACACACAUUCUUCAUCUGUACAUGUUCCUCCACUUCAGAUCAGCACAAGCUCACAGACUCCUGUGUAAAAUCCAGUUAUAAUCAAAGCAACACAAAGAGACUCUUAUUAGUAUCGUGUCCACCAGUUGGUCAGUGUCUAAUUUUUAAGCACCUUUUAAUUUAACAAAGAAUAAUUAAAUUUAUUAAAUGAACUUGGGGCCAUCAAACAAAACACCUACAAUUCAACAUGCACUUGUCCAAUAAUCUUGAACUUCAUCUUACACUCCAUUACACUACAAUAUUUUACACUAUGGUUCAGAAACAAAACAAGAGCAAUACAGUCCAAAUCAAACUCAGCCAGGGAGGAUAAAAAAGAGCAGUAAAUAACAAUAACAACAUGUAAACACACACAAAAAAAGAAAAGAAUAAUGACUCAGAAAUUUAACAUUUUAACAGCCUUUUUCUUUGAAAACGUAAUACUUUCAAAAUAUCAGAUUAUUUUAUUAGAAAGAGGGUUUUUUUCUCAUCUUCUGUUAACAUUCAUGAAUAAAAAAAAAACUAAAUAAGAUAAAAUUUAUUAUGAAAUAUUUAUUCUCUUCCUGUAAGAUGUUAGUGGGACAGUUACAUGUCUGACCACCAGAGGGAGUGCUGGCAUGCGACUCAUCAUAGCCUUCUCUUUGUUGUUUUCCCCACGUGUCUUGUGCCACGCCCUUCCUCUUGUUCUUCUUUCCCCUCUUGUCACCUGUUCCCCCUUUACCCUGUUUUGUCCUAUAUACACCUGCCCUUUUAUACCUGUCUUUGUCCCUCAUUGUCUGUUGUUCGGUCAGACACCGUUGUGUUUUCCAGAGUCCCGUGUUAUCAUUGUUCUGUGGAAGUCUUGUUUUAGUUGUGUUAAUAAAACAGUGCUAUUAAUUUAUCCUGCUUGUUGAUCUGAUGAACUGUGCAUGGGUGAUGGGUGCAUGUGACUACCACAGAGAUCUGGGUUCGAUCCCCGCUUCAUGCAGUGUCUCCUGACUGUUACACCACCUCCAUCUUUUAGUCAAAAAAAACCACAAAUAAUAUCUUUAAAAGAAAAGCAAACAAACUUUGGAUAAAAAGAAGAAGAACUGACCUUUUUUGUUUUUGUAUAAACACAAUUCUGAAAGAAAUGCACAAUUGUUUCAGGAGUCACAGAAAGAGCAGUUGACGAUAAU